CAUGUACCUAACCUAACCUCAAAUUUUGGUUGUCAUCGAUUAUCAUCAUUACAAGCCAUUUUUCAAAAAAACAGAAAUUAGUUUAUUACCAAAAUGGAACUAGCUAACGACUGGAUGAAUGCUGCCCACAGCACAGGAACUUCAAUUAUGGCAGCAACCUUUGAUGGUGGUGUAGUCGUAGGGGCUGACUCCAGAACUACCACUGGGGCUUAUAUUGCCAACCGUGUGACCGACAAGCUCACAAAAGUUACAGAUCACAUUUAUUGCUGUCGUUCCGGAUCCGCUGCCGAUACCCAAGCCAUCGCUGAUAUUGUUGGAUAUCAUUUAGAAUUCCAUAGCAUGGAACUCGGUGAAGAACCAUUGGUCGAAGUUGGUGCCAAUGUUUUCAAAGAAUUGUGUUACAACUACAGAGAUUCGCUCAGUGCUGGUAUCUUAGUAGCUGGAUGGGACAAAAAACAUGGUGGUCAAAUUUAUUCAAUCCCCAUUGGUGGCAUGUGUGUGAAGCAAAGUGUUUCAAUUGGUGGGUCAGGAUCGUCUUAUGUUUAUGGUUACGUAGAUUCUAACUAUAAACUCAACAUGACCAAAGAUGAAUGUGUUAAGUUUGUCAUUACUACUUUGGCUCUUGCAAUGUCGCGUGACGGUUCCUCUGGAGGUGUAGUGCGUGUUGGAAUUAUUACAGAAAAAGGAGUUGAACGUAAAGUAGUACUGGGAGAUGAACUACCCAAAUUCUUUGAGGAAUAAUUAGUGUAAUUGGGAGCAUUGCUGCUUAAUUUUUUUUUUUAUUAUACUGUAUCUUUGAUAACCUAAAUUCUUGCAUUUAUUUUUUUUUCCCUUCAAAAAUAAAUAAAUACACCAUAGCAAUAGACAAAAUGUUUAUUGUAAUCCUUACUUAAAUUAGAAUUAAAAAUACAUCUUUUUUGUACAAUUUGUAAACCGAUUACUGCAGUAAAAAAAAAGCUUACCCUACCUAAACUUGUAUACGUUGGGAGUGGCACUUUCUCAAUAACAAGUCACCCCUGGGUUAGGCAUAACUCCAGGGUAAACAUUGGAGUUAAAACUAACCCAGAGGUGAUAAGCUAUUAAGAAACCGACCCUAGAACUUAGGUGAAUGAAUUUUGCAAGGGGCAACAGCAUGCUGAAAAAAAUAUAUAUUCUAAACCUAAUAAAGUUAGCAUUAGUUUGCCCAAUCAAAACGGUUUGUUAUAAUUAUUAUUUAUCUAUAUACAUAAUAUAAACUAAUGAAAACCACACUAACAAGUAUAGUGAGAAAUCUAAAUAAAAUAAGUAUGUUUUAAAGCCUACAAAUGAAGUUGCAAUUUUCAACAAAAAUUUACACUGAAAUAAUAGUCAAAUGUCUUUGGAAAAACAACAAAUGAAGCCUAGUUGAAAUUGUCUACUCAAAAAUAAAAAUUAAACAAUCCAUUGGCCCAAUCCAUCCUCAAUCAUCAAUAUAUAUAAAAAAAUAACGUCUUAUAAUCUUACUCUACACAUGACAGACCAUAUGGAUUUAUACUUUUGUCUUGUUUUACUUUUGCCCUAAUUUAUGAUAAAUAAAUAAAAAAUAAAACAAUAUAAUUAUGAUCAUCCCAGUUUGGUUUUGAAAUUCUAUUCACAUUAUUUGUGAUCUUCAUCGUGUCUUGUCCUAUCCCUAAGCCUUUUGGCUGGAGGUUCGUCAACGUCUGCAUCUUCAAGUCCAGGCACUUGUAUUUUCGAAUCUGAAGCUUCUGGAG